AUGUAUUCAAAUCGAUCUCCUCAUAGAAAUAAACCUAUACGAAUGUCAAGAAACAUUACCGACAUAUCUCUUUAUGGUCAAAACAAAGUAUUAAACAACCCUACAGGACAAAAUUGUUAUAAGACACGAAUAGCUUCAGUAAAAAACGAUGCUGAAUGGGAAAACUUCAUAAAGAAAUUGAACUUCCAAGAACCAACCGAAGAUGGAUUUGAAGCAGCUGCAAGUAUUCCAAUGAUGGAAAACGAAGAUAUUGAGUUGAUAUUAGAACAUAUGACAUUGCAUUGCAAUUUUAAAGAAGAAGAUACAAACACACUAUGUCCACCUACAAAAUACGAGAGUUAUUUCAAUGCCGCUUUCUACAAUCUUAUGAAAGAUAAAGCAUCAUAUGAAAAAUUACAAGAAAUCUGUCGUAAUAAUGAAGCAAAAAGAGGUGCUGAUAUUUAUCGGGCGAUGACGGAGCAUAGUCAACGUGUUGACGAAACUAGUUCAUAUUUUACAGACCAUGGUUUAUCACAAGAUGAAGCUAAAGCAGCAUCAUUAGCAAUAUCUUUUUAUACUGGCACAAAAAGUGGAGUCAUUGAUCAAGGUAGAGACCAUGGAAAACAGAUUCAAUAUCGUACUCAGAAAAUAUUAAUCGAUAAAAAAGAAGAAGAAGAACCGAUUGAAACAUUUAUCAUAUGCAAUUAUCUACUAAGAGGAAUUUCGAAAAUAUCAUAUUACCGAGGUUAUGUGUCACGAUCUUGUCGUCUGACCGAUGAAGAACUGAAAUUUUAUACAGCAGGUUCAGUAAUUAUAUGGAGUCAAUUUAAUGGUACAUUUAAAGGCAAAAGAAUUCUUGAUAGUUUUGAUUUUUCUACUCGAAAUACAUUUUUUAGAAUCUAUUCAUUAACUGGUCGUCCAAUUAAUACAUUUUCAAAUUUUGACGAUGAAGAUGAAAUAUUGUUUUUACCGGAUUCUACAUUUCUCGUCUUAAAACAUGUGGUUUCUCAUCAUGGAUCACAGCACACAAUUUAUAUGCGGCAAGUAGAAUUAGGUUUAUCAACGUCAUCUAUCUUAUGGGUUGACGAUCAAAUAUUUCAAGACAAUUGGAAUAAUACAGGAUACAUGAUCUAUGCCGAAACAAAAGAUAUGAAGAAAAACAUACGUUUCAUACAAAAAUCAAACACUAAUAAUGCACUCUCAUUUCUUCGAUCACCAUUUGGACAACUUCUUAAAAAUCGAUACACAUUUCGCAUUGUUACUGAUAUGCACCGCGGUAAUGAACAACCAGCUCCUAAUGCAGGUGCACGUUUCAUUAAAAAUCUUAGAAUGCUUGGAUUCAAUAAUGCAUGCAUGUUGUUUGUGGGCAAUAAACAAAACGCUGAACAACUCAUCAGUACCGAAUUAACUCCUGAGGAACGUGAACAUAUAAAAAUAACUACUAACGAAGAUGAAUUAAAAAACUUCAUCGACUUUGAUAGUCGUUAUUGA